GCAAGCACUAGGUUGCUAGUCGUCAGGACACAAGUACAGUCGACGCUCAAUUUAUUUUCGCUCAAGUGCCAACCGAUAUGCAGACAACAAGUGGAGGAAACCUCGCUCAUAGAAGCCGUGUGAUCCCCACAAUGCUGCACGUUUGCCACAUCCAUGCACUCCUGCGACAGUUGCAUGUGGUCCAACUUCUUGAUAAGCACGUUCGUGUCGGUAUUUUGGUGAGCAGGCAGAGGUCACAGGUAUAAAUGCCAGCAAGAUGGCACCUCUCUCGAACGCAUUCUCUUCAAUAUGAAGUUGUUCCUUGUCAGUCUUACAGCCAUUGUAGCUAUAGUUCAGGCCGAAUUCCUCUCCCUGCCGUCCACAUAUCCGAACAUCACGGCAUGUGUCGGCCUCCCAGUGCAGUAUUCAUGCGAGAACACAACUGUCUUGACGGAUUCAUGCUGCAAUGUCGUACAGGGCGGGCUCGUGCUACAGACGCAGUACUGGGACACAUAUACGGGUCUUGAGCAUCAGGGCCAGCUGCUUCCACAAGGCAGCUGGGGAAUUCACGGCUUGUGGCCAGAUAAUUGCGACGGCUCGUACGAUCAGUACUGCGACCUUAGCAGGCAGUAUGAUCCUCAACCGUCACCGUCAACCUUGCCAGAUGGGACGCCUGUCCCUCCUUACGAAGGACCGACCGUUAGAACAUUUAUCGAGGAGUUCGGUCGGUUCGACUUGCUGGAGUACAUGGAUACAUUUUGGGUGAACCAGGGCUCGCCUAACGAGGACUUUUGGGCUCACGAGUUCUCAAAGCAUGCCACUUGCACAUCCACAUUUGACGUUGCUUGUUAUGAGCCUGGCUACAAGGAAUAUCAGGAAGUAGUCAACUUUUAUGAGACCGUCACAAAGGUCUUCCAGAUGUAUCCUACCUACAAUAUACUCGCCGCUGCAGGAAUUCUUCCUUCCAAUACAACGACAUACACCCUCUCCCAGAUCACGAAUGCCCUUUACUCCCAGACUGGCGCUGUUCCUUAUCUUGGCUGUUAUAGCAAUGGCACUAUCUUGGACGAGGUCUGGUACUUCCACCAUGUCCUGGGCACAGAGCAAUACGGGCAUUUCAAAACCCUAAAUUCCACCACUCCGUCGAGUUGCGCAGAAAUUGGUAUCUGGUAUUAUGAGCGGACUCCGACGUCCGAGCGGGUUGUUUCGUAUUAAGUAAAUGUAGAGUACUGUACGUAGAAUUCAAACCUGGGAUGAGAGUCUCCCGUGAUGCUAUGUCUACUCUAUGGUAUAGUGAUACCUCGAUGGCGUUAAGGACGCGUUGUCACGUGACAGACGCGACGCGACACGUUAACAAAUAUAUGACAACAAAUAUUAGCC